AUGUUAAGUUUUAUUCUAUUUUCAUUAAUAUUACACUCUUCCCUGUGUGAAGACAAGAGACCUAACUUUGUCAUAAUCCUGACGGAUGAUCAAGAUGUAACUUUAGGAGGCAUGACACCAAUGAAGAAUGUUCAACGGUUUAUUGCAAAUGAAGGAACUACUUUUGCAAACUCUUAUGUUACAUCACCAAUCUGUUGCCCGAGCCGUGCCAGUCUCCUCACUGGUCUCCAUGUUCACAACCAUUUAACUUGGAACAAUAGCCUCCAUGGCGGUUGUUAUGGCAGAUACUGGAAGCGAUUGGAGACCAAAACCUUUGCUGGCACCUUAAAGGCCUCUGGAUAUAAUACAUUUUAUGCUGGAAAAUACCUUAAUAAUUAUGGCUUUAAAGAUGCAGGGGGACCAGAGCUAGUACCUCCCGGAUGGAGUGAUUUCCAUGGCCUAGUUGGCAAUUCUGUGUACUAUAAUUAUACAAUUUCUAAUAAUGGAGUUCCAACACAUUCAAACGACUUAUACCUUACUGAUGUCAUUCGUGAUUUAGGCGUUAGCUUUAUAGAAAAUCAGACAGAAUCUCGGCCAUUCAUGAUGGUCCUGGCUCCACCUGCUCCCCAUCAACCUUUCACCCCUGCUCCUAGGCAUAAAGACGCCUUCAGCAAUGUUACCGCAGUUAAACAUCCCAACUUUAAUGUACGAGCAGAGAAUAAACACUGGCUGCUAACAAUGCCGCCGUCGCCCCUACCAGAAACGAUGUUGCCAGAAUUGGACAGAGUGUAUCGUUCUCGCUGGGAGAGUCUUCUAUCUGUAGACGAAAUGGUAGCAGAUAUUGUGGAAACACUUGACAAUAAUAAUUUAUUGGACAACACCUACCUUAUCUAUACUUCGGAUAAUGGAUAUCAUAUUGGUCAAUUUUCACAAGUAUACGACAAGAGGCAACCUUACGAAUCUGACAUCAAAGUGCCACUGGUCAUACGGGGUCCGAACAUAGCAAAGAACUACACAGACGUUCAACCCGUCUUAAACAUAGAUAUAGCACCAACAAUACUGGAAUUAGCUGGAAUUAAACCGCCAAAGAGUGUAGACGGAAAGCCUAUCCAGUUCAACCAGAACAUGGAUAGAGAAAGGAAUAUGCUUGUGGAGUAUUACGGAGAAGGUCGUGAUGGUACAGUAGAUCCGCAUUGUCCAUGGGCGUAUGAUAAGGAAAAUUUAGCUCAAUGCUACCCGCAGUAUGACUGCAAGUGUCAAGAUGCAAGAAACAACACUUACGCGUGCCUGCGACACAUCUCCCAUCGGAUCAACAUGAAGUAUUGCGCUUUUGCUGAUGAACAGAACUUCAAAGAAAUGUACAACCUGAAUUCGGAUCCGUACGAAAUGAAGAACAUAGUGAACGACGUAUUUCCCUCAAUCCGGCAUUGGUAUAAACUGACUCUUACCCAGAUGCUCACGUGCAAGGGAGCUGAUAAUUGUGAUAAUCCCCUCGAAAAUCCCAAACUAAUAUCUGUAUUUUAA